ACAAUUUCGUAAUUAUCUCAAAAACUUGGUGGCAUUUUGUUUUCCCUUCACUAUUUAAACUUCGUCUCUCUCAAAUGCUCAAAUCCACUCCCUCGUGAGAAGAAAGAAGAAACAGCAGUUCAAGAUCCCGUCUUUUCCUACUUCAACAUUGACUAAACAGAGAAGAAAGAAAAAAAGAAAACAAUGACCGAAGGUGUCGGAAAAUGCAGCAAGAUCCGCCACAUUGUGAGGCUCAGGCAAAUGCUCCGGCGAUGGCGAAACAAAGCACGUUUAUCCUCGGUCGGCCGCUUUGUGCCAUCGGAUGUUCCAUCUGGACACGUGGCGGUGUGCGUGGGAAGUGGUUGCAGGAGAUUCGUGGUGCGCGCGUCGUACCUGAACCAUCCGAUCCUGAGUAAUCUCCUUGUCCAAGCCGAGGAGGAGUACGGUUUCGUUAACCAGGGACCGCUGGUUAUCCCUUGUGAAGAAUCGGUUUUCGAGGAAGCCAUCCGGUUUAUUUCCCGGUCGAACCGGUGUACUACUUGUCCCGACGAUCUCCAGAAAUGCCACGUAGGAAUCAACAGCAAGCUUGAUCUUUUGAUCGAAUCUCGGCCGUUGCUUCACGGCGUUGUAGAGAAAGCCGUCUGGUGAUUCUUUUGAGAUCGACGGUGAAGAGUGUCGGUUUUUUGACCCGGUUUGAAUCGGUACGAGUUUGAUCGCCAUGUGAAGGAAGAAGACAAAAUUAUGAAUAAAUCGUCAUUGAUUCGAUGGUGCUAAUUUUAAUCGCCUUCGGGUUACUUUUUAAUUCAUAUUAAAUAUUUGAUUAUAUUGGUACUCACUGAGUAGAGAAGGAGAUGGCGGUUAAAAGGUGUGUAAGCCGGGUUCGAUACCAAGUUGACUGUAAAUGUAAUAAGACAGAUGAACACUCGGUCGGAUGAAAUAGGGAGGAGGUUUCAAAGGGCUUCUGAUUUGAGUAUUAAGUAUUAACUCAUUUCUCUGUAAUUUCUUACAAUCAAUAUUUAUGUUUAAGUACUUUCAAACAUCACUAUUUCCUAGAGAAAUUGCAAUGCUGAUUCCAGUAAACUUCUACUUUUUUUAAUUUAUGUUUUAGUUUAAAACAUCAA